AGUGCGUGCCCAAGAAAAGUCUCGAGGAACUUAACCCCCAAACUGCAGAAAUAAUUAAUAAAAAAUAAAAAAAUAAUAAAAAAAAAAAAUUACUAAACAAAAUGAAUGGAACGUAACGGCAUCCAGAGCCGCACCGCAGGAUGGAGACUCCGCUGCAUCUGGACUUUUAAACGGAAUUCUGUUUGGAUUUCUCUGGAAUUUUGACCAAAAAAAAAAAUCUGAUUUCUAUGACCUGAAGUUCAAGAUGUCGUCGGCUCUUUGUUCCGACUCUGAAAAUGAGGAGGAGCUCUGCAGCCAAUCACAGGCCGAGGAGCAGCCACAUGACCCUGAGACAGAGCCAAUCAGGGACCUGGAUUCUCCUCAGCCUGAACCAAUCACAGCAGAGGGUUUACGAGAGCCGCAGCCAAUCAGAGCAGAUGCUCCACAGUCACAUGAUCUCACAGAGUCAAUCAACUGUGAGCCCUCCUGUGAGCCAGCCGACCAAUUGGACGAAACCAUACCCCCAGGACAGGUUGUUGGUUUUGUCCAAGUCCUGUUCAAGUCCAAGUUGAGACAUGAGUCCGGGUCUAGACCAGGAUCUCACCCAGUCUCACCUGGACUGUCCCCUGUGGCCUCCCCUGAAUCCACCUGUUUUUCCUCUCAAACCACAACACUCGGAACGCCGCUGGGAAUGCCACUUGCCAUGACAGAGAGCCGACGUGUCAGUCUGGCCAAUGUGGUGCAUUCCCUCAAACAAAAGAGACUGGAGGAGCUGCAGCGCCACCACCUGGACAACCGACAUACAGAUGUUACCUCUCUAGUCUCUCAGCUCGUGUCUCUUAGAGGACAGUUGGCCAUGUCUCAGGAGGAGCAGAAGAAAAUGGCCGCCGCUCAGAGACAAAAGCAGAGACAGAGUCUGGAGUUAGCACAGAUCCAACAAUUACAGAUCGCUCGACAACAGCAACAGCUUCUGCAACAACAGCACAAGAUCAGCCUCCUGCAACAGCACAUACAGGCGCAGAGUCACAUGACUCCUCUCUUGAUGUUUCCUCCAGAACAGCGCCCCCUACAGCCGCCAGCCCUGCUGUCGCCUUACAGCGGUGAGUUUUUCCCACUGCACUUGGCUCCACCCCCUCUGAGCGCACCCGGACUCACCUCUUGUCAUGUACAGCAGUGGUACUCAGCUCAGGUCUCGGCUCCGGUCUCUGGUCUACAGAUUUGUCCAGUGUCGCCCUCUGCUGCUGUGAAGAAGGAGAAUAGUCCACACCUGAAGGAUGAGCAGUGUGAGCCACUGAACCUCUCAUCUCCAAAUAAAACUCAAGACUAUCAAAGAACUCAAGCAGGUCUGAGCCAGUCCAACCCCAGUCCAGAUCGGAUCCACCACCAGCACAGAGACCUGAUGUUCAGUCUGGAAUCCUCUGGACCGUAUCAAGACUACAAAGUCCGGACUCACAGAGAUCCUACGAAACUUGAGGACCCACGAAAUCCAAUUCAAAUCCACCCAGAACCAGUCUAUGCAGGGUCCCAGAGUCCAAAGUCCAGACUGUCUGCUCUGACCCACCUGCACCUGCAUAACAGGGACAAGGAACUUCAUUUCGAGGCCCUGAGUCAGACCAAACUGGGACCAGACUCAAAACUGGCCCACAAAGUCCUGGACCUGACCAGACCUGAGGACAUGGAUGGCGUUCCUCUGAGCUCAGGCAGAGUGUUCCGCAGUAGCAGAAACAAAGCCUCCUCAGAGCCUCACAUCAAACGGCCCAUGAACGCCUUCAUGGUCUGGGCCAAAGACGAGAGACGCAAGAUCCUCCAGAACUACCCCGACAUGCACAACUCUAAUAUCUCCAAGAUCCUGGGUUCUCGGUGGAAGUCCAUGUCCCAUCAGCAGAAGGCUCCCUUCUACGCGGAGCAGGCUCGGCUCUCUAAAGUCCACCUGGAGAAGUAUCCCAACUACAAGUACAAGCCCCGACCCAAACGCACUUGCUUCCUGGAGGGACGGAGACUGCGCAUCGGCGAAUACAAACAGCUCCUGCGAAUCAAACGGCAGGAGAGACGGGACUACUGCGUGGGGCCACUCCCUAACCUGUCUUUGGAGAACAGCACUAACGUUAGCCUGGUUAGCAGCAGCAGCGACGACAGCUUUUACCAGGGAACCGUCACCAUGGCAAUCGAACAAACGACCACAGCCUCGCUGAACUUUUCGAGUGAAGCUUCGAGUCCAAAAUUAUCACCUCAACGUCACCAAUAUAGGCACCAAAAACUACACCAAACCACGACAGAUGAGAAAGUGACGCAGGGGGACUGUCCAAUUAAUGAAGCUAAUGUGGCUAACGACGCUAACGAGGCUAAUGCAGCUAAUGAAGCUAAUGAGGAUAAUAUGGAGAUGGGCGUCGGUAAAGAAUCUGAGAAGCAUGAAUCUGACUCCUACAGUGACCGGGAGAUAAACUGAGCAUGCCUAGAACUACAGGAGGUGGUGCUGAAAACUACAAGGAUAAUGCUGGAGCGUCGGGUCUGGAGGGAUGCUCUGCUGUGACUCUCUGCUGUGACUCUCUGCUGUGACUCUCCGCUGUGACUCUCCGCUGUGAUGCUCGGCUCUGAUUGGUCAUUCAAAGUGAGGAUGUUCAGGCUAAGGUUUAGGGUUUAGGGUUAACAUUUUCCUAACUCUAUCCCAAGCUAAACCAAACCUGUUUCCUAAUGUAAAAAAACUUUGUUCCUAAACGUCCUCACUCGGAAUGACUAAUUAGAGCAGAGUGUCCCUCCUGAGCCAGAUGCUCAAGGGUUAACUGAAUUUUUUCAAUGUUCCCAAACUUGUCUCUUGACCUUCACCUUCUCCCUCUCCUCCUCUUUCAUCACCUCCUUCACCUCCUCUUCCACCUCCUUCACCUUCGCUUUCACCUCCUCCCCCUUCACCUUUUUCACCUCCUCCUCCUUCACCUCCUCCCCCUUCACCACCUCCACCUCUUUCAACUCCUUCACCUCCUCUUUGGAGUUGUUCUAAAUGAAUAUGUUGUUUUGAUUUUGCAUUAGCCUUAGAUAUGACAGGGGUAUGACUGACACGUUAAAGCCACAUUCCGGAACUUUUUCACUAAAGACUUUAAAACAUUUCACCAGAGUGACCAGAUGAAGCUGUUUGGAGUUUAUUUCUUAAAUCUCUUUUGAACUGUUUUAGUCAAAUAUGAAAUGAUUCAUGUUUUUAUAUGUCUGCACGGACUGAGCAUGCUCCAAACUGGUCCCUAAAAUGGCGGCUAGUUUCCUUUCUGUUUGUUGUUUGUGAAAUAUUUAUGGUAUUUAUUGUUUGAGUUGAUCUCGUUAGCCUGAUGUCUGACACGCCUCUUAACAAAGUCUUAGGAUUUUCUUGAGAUUAAACAAAGAUUCGCUGUUUCAUCUAUUCUUUGAAGUCUUUUAUGACGAUGAGAAAAAUCAUCUUUGUGUUUGAAGCUCAAAAGAAAAAGAUUUAAAAAUGAAU